CGUCUAUUCGUCAACAGUACGAGUACGUUCUCGUAUUCUCGUACUCGUACUCGUACGAUAGUACGGGAAACAACACCAACAAAACUCCAAACUCUUGAUGGCAACGGUACGUACGGUACGGUACGAUACAUUACCAAGAAGUACACGUGCUGGUUCAGCUCGUUCUUUCCAGCGAGGACUGGUCUGUUUCCAUUGAUAGCACACAGCUCGAACCGUUCCGAAUGGGCCGGUACAACAACAAGAGGACCCAGGCGGCCGCCCAGGCGGCCAAGAACACACCCUCGCGUGCCCGGUUUUCCAAGGGCCCGCCCGGAGGCAACAAGAAAAGGGGAAACGCCCAGAGGAGCAGAAACGACGAUCCACCGCCAAAGACCAAGUCGCGGGGGAUCGGAGGGGGAAACUACAGCAGCGGCAACAACAAAAACGGAGCCAACGGUCGGCGCGGUAGAAACCCGCAAACCACCGCCCGGGUCAUUGACAAGAUCCAGAACCGCGUGGGCAGGGGAACCAACCCCGGCUCCAACCAACCGGGGGCGCCGGGCAGCGGAAGCACGGCGGCUGCCGCUGCAAGAAGCAACAGCUCCGGCAACAACCCGAUCAACAAAUCCACGGAGAUUGCGCUAAAGAACCUCGACAAGUCCAAAUUGGACGUCGUAGCGGUCUCGAAAGAAACACAAAACCUGAUUUCCGACCUCCUGAGGGAGCUGGGAGUCGUUGGUGGAACGAACACCCCCAAUAGUAGCAACAACAACAACAACAACAGCAGCAGGAUCGCUGGAAUGAACCCUAAUGCGACGGAAUACAGUCCAGAUGUCUCCGUCGAUCCCCAUGCGAUCAUUGAGGAAGACUCCGAAGCAAACGAAUCCGACGACCACGACGACUACUCGGGUUCGUCGUCCGAGGACGACUACCAGGACAUGAUGGACUUUUUGACGGAGCAAUCCGAGGCUAGAACCGUCCAUGCCGGUAUGGACCCCCAGGGCGAUGGCGGUGGGGGCUUGGACGGGGACGAAACCGAUGACUACAAUCCCGAGAUGCAGCGACUCCUAGUGGCAAAUCGCCGACGAAAAGAAGAGCAGCAACAGCAAGAGGAGAACCAAGACAAAGACGGAGACACAUCCAUAGCGGAUCGGAGCGACCCGGGGGGCGACGGAAACAACGAGACCACAGAAACGAUCAGCAACGGCAACGUUGGAAGCGAGAACCAAACCAACGAAACCAACGAAAGCAACGAAAAGAACAACAACAAUCAUAGCGAGGAAGAAACCGCUUCCGACUUUGAAAACGAUCACACCUAUCUCCACCUGACGACAAACUUGUCCUUUCCACACGUCCACGCCGCGAAAGCAUGCCGUGCCAUCGAGUGCUGGGAGACAAAUAUUGGCGAGGGCACGACGAGCGAACCAACGAGCAGCAACAACACAGACCAAAAAAACAACGGCGACGAUGACAAUCGACUCGAACUCGCCAUGGAUUGGUUGUGCCUGCACCUGUCCGAAGCGGAUCUCAACAAGGGUUUUCGUCCGAACCCUAGCGCCAGCACAAAUGCUUUCGGGAAGAACCAAAGCCCCAAACCACUAUCGGUGACCCCCACUCGAAUCAAGGCUGUCUCCCAUCCCUCCAUCUCGGUCAUUUCCAAGCCCAUUGCCGAGCAGGCCAAGGAAUGGGCAGAGGCCGUGGCACUACAGGAACGCGUCCUCAAGUUCAUACGGCUAGGCUUUCACCGCGCCGAUGCCCUUGCUGCUUUUGAGCGGGCUCAGAUUCGCCACGGCUUUGGUCGAACCCGCAGCGUUGUGGUGACCGAGGACCCGGCUCUCCCACUUUUGCUGUCGCAGCUGCAGGACGGAGCCUUGAGCGGCAGCGGCAGCAGUGAGGAGGUAGACGUGCAAAGCGACGGCAGCAACGACGACAAUGCCCUUCUCGAAGAAGCCAAGGAAGAAAGAGAGCAAGAACUCGAAGCUCUCAAGGCUAUUUACGACGACCGACUCCGGAUCGUCUAUCGGGAAGGAAACAGCUGCGCACCAACAAGCGAAAUUGGCACCGGGGAAUGCGACAGCGACAGCGACAGCGAUGCCGACAGCAUUCACGAUGGCAGGAUUCCGGAACGAUACAUCCUGCAGAUUGAUCCCGCCACCCCGCUCGGUGAUCCUGCGAGGGCCGACGAAAUCUUCCUCCACGUGAUUCUUCGGGACAGAUACCCAUCCUCGCAAACGCCCCUGCUGCUGCUGGUCACUCGCCCCACGCUGCCCCCGUCCCUGUCGAGGAACAUACUCACCCGCCUGGGAGAAAAAGCCAGAGAAAUCAUUGGCCUCGACUUCACGAGCGGGGAACGCCAAUUGGGCGGAGGCUGCCCGGUCGUCUUCGAAACUGUCUCGUACCUGGAGGACAAUCUUCCCGCGCUGCAUCGAAGCUUUUGCAACGAGCAGCGGCGGAAAGAAUUCGAGGCGCAGCAGGCCCGCCUGCUCAGGCAACGGCAGGUCGAAAUGGAAGAGUCCGAGAAGGCUAUGGAACUCUUGUACGAUGCCGCGGCCAACAAGAGCAGCAGCAACCAAACCAGCGGUGCCAACACCUUAUCCAUCGGCCGGAGGCAGCGCGCCAAGCUCAGGGCGGCCGAAAAGGCGUACGACCGCCCGGACCAGCAAAAGGCGCUUUACGAAGAAUACCGGCGGAAACAAACCGAGCGUGUGAACAUCGCUCGGGCCGAGAACCAAUCGGCCAACGUGAGGGCAACGCACGCCCAGAAGGCUAUUCUGAAGAGGCAGAAGGAGCUCAUCGACGAGGAAGCCAACAAUGCGUUUCGGAGGGCCAUGAACGAGGCAUUUCGCAAGGGGCAAUCCAGGGAAGAGGCCAGGGCCGCAGCAGAGAAAGCCCGGAUCGCCUCGUACCGCGAAAAUGGAGUGACCGUCACGGGAGAAAAAGAAACAACCAAAGAAACCUCUCCGCAGGUGAGCGAUGCGGGUGCCGAUAAGGAUACUAAUACCGACAAGGAGAUGGAAACAAAGGUCUCCAAGCCGACUGAAGCCUCGUCGAAAUUCAUGGAACGUCUCAGAAACUCGGCCCCCAGGAAAACCGCAACCGAAGACAGCACUCAUAUCAGCAGCAAUGAUCAGGCACCGGGAUCAAAAAAAGAAAUGACCCAGGGCCCCACACCGCACACUUCCGCCUUUAUGGAUCGUCUCCGAGAAAUGUAUGAUUCGGCAGCUCGUGCAAAACACAAAAAGGAAUCCGACGGAAGCUCUAGCAACAAUCACAGCAAUAGCGACAAGACAGUUUCCCAGUCACAUGGCAACAAACUCGACGGCUACCACCUUGAUAUCCCGAACGACGAUGCCAACAGUGGAGAGGAAGAUUCGGCAAAUGAAUCGGGCAGCACCUAUCGCCCGCGGCCAGUUGCCGUGCCGGCGGGAGAACUCGUAGGGGUCAUGGAAGACAUCAUCCAUCAACAAGAGGACCAGCCCUGGUUGGUCUCCCCGGAAGCCAGGGCACCGACAACGACCUCGGAACGGAAGGAAGUUCCUCCGGCACAGCUAAAACGAGAGAAAGAAAUCAGUGCCAAACUACGAACCGAACUCUCUCGGAAACGAAAAUUGGCGAGGGAAUGGGCCGAAACCCAAGGGGCAGACCAGCCACAAUGCCCAAAGGCAAAGCGCGGGAACAAGAAAAAGAAACAGGGCAAUGGAACGUUUACCGCGCAGCGAUUUCACGAAAUGAUGACCAUGAGACAACGGUACGAUGCAUGGUGUUUUGUUUGUGUUUGUGGCUGUAGAGUGUUGUUUUGUGGAUUUUUGGAAAUGGUUGGUCCGGGUUGUUCUCUCACUCAUAGCUUGCGGGCAUAUGCUUCUUUAGUCUACCUGCGUUUCAAAUUAGCGAGGAGCUUGUUCAGACCAUCGAUAGAAACCAAGUUACAGUCAUUGCCGGAGCAACCGGCUGCGGCAAGGUAUGUGACUAAAAAAAUUUUCCGCUUCGAGUCGCAUUAUUUAUCUCAUGCAUGAACUCGCCUUCUUCUUGACCUUCUGAUAUAGACAACACAAGUUCCGCAGCUCGUACUCGACGACUUGAUUCAGAGAGGACUCGGAGCAGUAACCAACAUGAUUGUGACACAACCUCGAAGGAUCUCGGCAAUCGGUGUCUCAGAGCGAAUCGCGCAGGAGCGAUGCGAAAAAGUCGGUGAAACGUGUGGAUAUUCCAUCAAACUCGAGAAAAAAAUGUCAGCUAAGACGCGGCUACUUUUGUGCACCACCGGUGUGUUGCUGAGGAGAUUGCAGUGCGAUCCAGAUCUGGCCUCUGUGUCGCAUAUUUUUGUUGACGAAGUGCAUGAACGCGAUUUGAAUACCGGUAGGUUUAUUUCUCUACAAAGUGUCGCGUUCUUCGUUUUGAAUGACUCGAAUAUUUUUCUACUCACAAAAAUAUUCCGAUUUUGAUUCCAGAUUUUUUGAUUAUCAUCUUAAAAGACCUUCUAGCAAGGCGAAAAAACUUGAAACUUGUCCUGAUGAGUGCAACACUUAAUGCAGAUUCGUUUUCGUCUUAUUUUGGCGGCUGCCCUGUAGUGUCGAUUGCUGGUAGAGCCUAUCCAGUUCAGGAAAAUCGUCUCGAGGAUAUUCUCGAGCUCACGGGCUACAGCGUAGAAGAAGGUGGUGAUUAUGCACUUAAAACCGGGCCUAAUAGACCGGUAAAGAUGUCGAAGUCGGCCCUCCGCCGGUUGUACUACCCAAAGUAUAGCAAAGAGACGAUUCAUUCCUUGUCGAUCGUAGACGAAAAUGUCAUAAAUUACGAACUCAUUGCUGAACUUCUCGAACAUAUUUCGCUAAAUCAAGGCGAAGGUGCCAUUCUCGUGUUUUGUCCAGGAUUUGCAGAGAUUACAAAAACUAUUGAAGAAAUGUAUAAAAAGGAAUACUUUCAAGGGCCAAACGUGGUGAUAUAUCCUUUGCAUUCUUCACUGUCAACAGACGAGCAGGUUGCAAUUUUUGAAAUCCCCCCCGAGGGAGUUCGGAAGAUUGUUGUCUCCACGAGUACGUAACAAGAAUAUCAACAUUUGUCACUCGAAGUUAUUGCAUGUAUUACCAGAAUAUUUCCAGUAAAUCUUAUUCUUUCCCUCUUUGUCGAUGUAAAAAGAUAUCGCCGAAACUUCCAUUACCAUCGAAGAUGUUGUGUUCGUUGUUGAUACGGGAAGAGUAAAAGAAAAUAGAAGAGACGAGGUCAACGAAACACCAACCCUCGAGGAGUGUUGGGUGAGGUGAGUUCAUACUGUUUCUCGUGGGCUAUCGCUACCGGCCUUUUCUUUUCAUUCCUAAUUUUGAUCUCUUCGUUCGCAGUCGCGCUUCUGCUAAACAACGAAGAGGGCGAGCUGGGCGAGUGCGCCCUGGAAUCGCCUACCAUUUAUAUUCGAGGUAAGUUGAGAAUUUUUAGCAAGAAUACGGUUGGUUGAUGUAUUACCAACCUUAAAGCUUCUGACUCCUGUUAUGCUCGUUGCCUAGUCAUACGCACGACGAUGAUAUGUUAGAGUAUCAGUUGCCAGAAAUGUUGAGGGUUGGAAUUGAGGACUUGGUUCUUCAGAUUCUAAUUCUUGAUCUUGGCGAGCCCACGUCGUUUUUAAAGAAAGCCUUGGAUCCACCCUCAAAUCUGGCGCUCUCUAAUUCUCUAAAACUACUCGAAGAACUCGGUGCUGUGGACUGCCAAUGGAAAAAUCGCAAAAGCAUGGCGUUUUCAAGUAAGAAAGAGAAAGAAAACGCCGAGGACGAUCUCGAUGUUUCAAGCGAGCUUACUGCACUCGGCUUUCACUUGGCAACGUUACCUGUUGAUCCUCGAGUGGGAAAAAUGAUGAUUUAUGGUGCACUAUUUGGUUGUGUAGAUCCACUUUUGACAUUUGCGGCUGCCAUGUCGGCAAGGAGUCCUUUUGUAUCUCCAUUUGAUGCACGAGACCAAGCUGAUGCAGCACGGAAAACCUUUGCCGUGGCCGGAAGUGAUCAUUUGACGAUAUUGAAUGCAUUCAACCAAUGGUCAGAGCUACGUCGAACCGAAGGGAACCGUGUUGUGAACGAGUUUCUGAAAGAAAAUUUCCUUGGUCGCCUAACGCUGUUUCAGAUGGAAGACCUCCGAAAGCAAUUUCAUUCUUUGCUCACUGAUAUUGGAUUCUUGCCGAGGAAAUUUCGUUUGAAGGAUUCGGAUCACGCCUGCAACAACAACUCAAGAAAUCAAGGUCUAAUCAAAGCAGUUCUUUGUGCUGGUUUAUAUCCAAAUAUAAUUGUGGCUCCACGAUCUGUUGUGGCUAAACCAGGCCUGGCCCCGAAAAAGAGCAACAAAAAGGUUGGGGAAAAUGCAUUUCGCAGUCAUAGUAAAGGAGAGGUUUAUCUCCACCCCAGCACCAUUGCAUUUGAUGAAUCAAAAUUGGAGAGUCGGUACUGCUGUUAUCAUGAACUGAUACGGACAAGCAAAACAUAUGUGCGCGACUGCACAACAGUGAGUCCCUUUGCGUUGCUCUUGUUUGGUGGCACCUUGGAAGUUUUCCAAACACACGGAGUUUGCUCCGUCGAUGGUUGGUUGAAAUUCAAGAUUGAUGCCAAGCCUGCAACGUUGAUCAAAUACCUCCGCGGCAAGAUGGAACGCUUGCUUUUCCAAAAGAUUGUCUCCCCACACGAGGACGUGAUAGAAAGCGAAGAAGGGAAGGCCCUAAUUCAAUCCAUCAGUCGUCUCUUCGAGACGGAAGAACAACAAAGAAAAGUAGAGGCGGCUAAGAUUCCGGAUCGCCGCGGAGGAGAAAUUGUACGACCUUGGACUGGAAUCGAAGAUGAGAACGAACGUUUAAGAGAUAUUCAAGAAGAGGCGAACAGGCGCAACAGUGGCAACAGAAAUGGCACUCAUAAUAGUCGUCGUAGCAAGAACACUGAGAGUUGCAAUGGUCGUGACAAUAACAAUCCAAGUCGGGAGGGACGUGGUGGGAGAGGAAGAGGUGGAAAAAAAGGAGGAAGGUCAGGAAUGGGACGUGGGUCUCGACGCUAAGAUAUGUGAGUGGUAUCCUUAUAUUAGUAUUGGUACUACAUGGGCUAUAGAUAGAUUUAACUAGCUGAUAAAAGAGAUACUCUUAA